GGCUAAUAUUGGAAUGGGACAAAUAAACAUAAUUGCACUUGCUACCUCAAAUUCCGGUCAUCGCUCUGCAGCCUUUUGUUGGUGCCCGCGAGAGCCGGGGAAAAGUAACCCUACCUUCUUCAUAUCUUUUUCUCGCUAACGACUUCGAAUCGAUUCUUAUCAGCGGAGACGACUCGUUUGAUAGUCCAGCGAUCACAGAUUGAUCUUAGAAAUCUCAAUGUAGCACCACGCUUCACUACUACGGCUUAUAACCUUUCUCGUUGCACAACCUGCUUCGUCUGGAUUUGUGAGCUGCUAGACAUUCUUGAUGGAUUCAAUAGCGCUCUUGCGGCACUUGGUACUGAGUACUCGUGUCGGAAAACGCUCAUUCAUCAUUUUCAUGGAAAGAGGAGAUGUUUUGGGCCAGAACCAGAGGGACUACGACGAACGCAAUCUAGCUAAUCGCUGUGGCCCCCAGCCAGCAACUAUGAGCCAUCGAGAGACCUUUCGAAGUGUAUUUCAUUCCGCAGGAGAAGAAGUUCGGAUGGAAGGUAGGGCCAUGCUCUCGUUGCGGAGAACCGCUCUUGCCUCUGCGCGAACUGCGCGGGCCGCUGUGCCCCGGCUACGACGUAGUGCCCACCAUGACGCUCAUCACGACGCCCAUCACGGCCCCGUCAACGAGUUGUUCGGACCCAAAUUCUACAUCGGCGUAGCCGCGAUACCCGCGCUACUCGGACUGUACUAUGUGUCCCGCUCCAGCGACGGCGAUCGGCCAUUCCUUUACCGAUAUAUCGAUUCUUAUUCGGAGUACAAAGCUUUCUGGGCUGAGCAGAACGACAUACACGUCAAGGCGUUGGAACGAGCCGGUGCAGAUCGGAACCUGUUCAUCCACUCCAAGGGCCAGCAGACCGUCGACUUGAAGUUCCCCGACAUAUUCAACAGGAUAUUCAAUGUCGGAUCUCCAUACAACGUCCCCGCCGGCAGCAGCGUGAACCUGGACAAGCUGAUCGCGAAAUACGAGAAGGAGAGCUAUGAGGCGCAGGAAGCGAAGCUACAAGCAUUGAAGGAUGGCACUCUACCGGUGGAGCGGGAAGAUAAGUAGGAAGCAGGGGACCACGGCUGUGCGCGGGUCUGGGGUCUGUACAUAUUUCGCUUGCAGUCACUACCGUCCGCAAAGGAUACGGUUUCAUCUAUACAUUUUCAAAGUGGAGGUCACAGUUCAGUGCUUGCAACUUGUGGUGCCGUCGAUUUACCGACAAGUACUGUACAAAACUGGAACACCGCGUACUCUUUCUAAUGCCUGAAUUAUUACGCCAAGUCAUCUAAACCACUAAUUAGGCAGCGUGCGGUGUUCUACGUUUUUAUACUAGAGACGAUUGAUUUUAAGCUUGCUUCAUCUAUAUCUGCAUUACGAAGGGUCUUCCUCACACGAAAGAUUAAUAUUGAGGAAACUAGACUAUAGUCCGCAAAGUUUUUAAC